AUGAGUCGCAAGAGAGAUAAACCCUACUUUUCCGGGCCCGACCGCGCUCCUCUACCUAAGCGCCGUCGCCCUCAUCCACCACCGGCAGCGGAUGACAACCCCGCCGCCAAAGGCAAGACGCAUCCCCCGGCUUCUGUGGUGGUGAUGGGAUUAUCCCCAGACUGCUCCGUCCUGGACCUCAAAUCACGAUUCGAGAUCUACGGCGCAAUCUCCCGAAUCCGAAUCGACGGCGUCGGCUACAUCACCUUCCGGUCUAGGGAGUCCGCCGAAGCUGCCAUCGCGGCUGCCCUCGACGAUUCCUUCGGCAUCACGGUUGAUUCCAGACGGCUACAGGUGUUAUGGGCAACAGACCCACUCGCUAAGUGGAGGGAAGGAAUCGGGGUUGGAGUUAACAAGAGCAACGAUAGCUCACCGUCGUCAGGAUCAGCUUCCAAGCUUCUGAGGGGAGAGCUUCCACUCCGCAGGCAUGGCAGAGGGAAGAAGCUUGCUUCCGCUAUUGUAAACCCGAGGAAUAAUACCAGCAGCAGCACAUCGGAAUCUGGUGCUUCUGCUUCUGCUUCCAAGACAUUGGAUGUGCCUUUCCGUGGCCGAGAAAUCGUUGCUUACGAUGAUAUCCUGUAG